GUCCAACAUAUGGAGAGAAAUAUAUAUUCAUCACAAAAAGUAUCAGAGUGGUUACGAGGACGAACAAGCAAAAAAAGGAAGUCACAGAAUAAUGAUAAGGCGAACCUAUCAAAAAUGAAACAAGAAGUGGACAAUGAACAGAAAAGAAGAAGAGCGACAUCUCAGAGAAGUUUGCGAGAUAUCAAACAAGAUUUCCAAGACACGCAAAAUUAUAACGUAAGUUUUGAUAUUAUGAUAUUAGUUUUAUUACGCUCUAAAUAUUUGCUAAGCUUUAACUUAUUUGGUUAUUGGAGCAUUUUCGAUUUAACACAAGAGAGUUUCCAUGGGUGCACAGAGUUCACCCAGAGCGAAAUUAACCAAAUAUCACAAGAUUUUUCCGAUCGCGUCCAUUGGUCCCCAGAACCAGCUCAUAAAUAUCUCCAAAGGUAUUUUGAAUCGAACUGUGAUCCUUCUAAGGUUGUGGAUAUCGAGGAUCACGCAAUGUUUAAGUUGGUUGAAACGAAACAACAGAAACACUCAUCCAAGAAUUACAUUUGGAGAAUAUGCGUGGAAAGUAUAGACGAACAACUAUCAAGUAUAGUCCGAUCUCAAUCUUAAAAGAACUCCUAAUUGAUUACAAAUUAUCUUUUUCUAAUCAUAUUUUGUUGCAUAUUAACCAUCUUUUAUCUUCACCUCAUAAUUUCAUGUGAAGUGCGAAAUGAAAUGGUAAUAUACAUUGAUUUGACAGAUGUACAGUAUGUUAAGGUGUAAAUAUGUAAUAAAGCAAAUAAUUACUUCGCACUGCGUUUCUU